AACGCCUUUAUGUUUGUCAAGUAGUGUUGGUAUAAAGUCAUUUCCAGAUGACAUGUUUAACAGUUUGUGUUGAAUGAUUUGUUAUGGCUCCUCGAACAAUACUAAUAUUGAUGCUGAGUUUUCAUUUAAAGUCGAACAUUUGUGCAGAGGAAUUCUUGGAAAAUAAGACGCAUGUAAAUCAAAGUAACACAUGGAUAUGCUGUACAGAUAAUUAUUUGUGGAAUGAGAGUUGUGGAGAAUGCCUCGCGGCGUAUGGAGAGAACUGCUUGACGCCAUGUGGACAAAGUACUUAUGGGUAUUGCUGUAAAAGUACCUGUCAUUGUACCCAAAGUCAAGUUUGUGACAAAUACACGGGAUGUAUAGAGAGGGAUUACAAAGCUGAACAAUAUCCAGAUAUCAUACUGUCCUUGCUAAUUGGUCUGGGAUCGCUCAGUGUCUCAAUAUCCUUGGUGUUUGUUGGUGUCAUGUUUUGUAAAUGGCGGAUACAUAUGCAGAGAAAAUUUGAACUCGGUAAAGAAAAUACAGGGUUUCAAGUGAAUUUGCUCUCAUGUCCUGGUAUGGAGGAAGGUUAUGCACAAACGUAUGAUGAUGUUCGAGAAUCAAAAAUGAUCCUUAAUGGCGGGAAAAGUGGACUUUGUGACACAGGGGAGUCCAAAAUAAACUCUACAAUUCAUGCUCAUCUUUAUAACGACAAGGGUGUUUCAAAGAAACUCACGCGUGAAGACCAGUACAACAACAUUGAUGCAUGCUUUCGAAGGGACAACACACUCGUCACAUUGUCCGAGUUCCCGUAUGACGAUUGUUACGUCAGUGUACACAAUGUAAAGCGUCUACGACGUAUUUCAAAGUCCUGUUCUGAUAUAAAGGCAGUCUUAGAGAAACCGUACAUUAAUAUCAUGAGCAGCUGUAACGCGAAAUCCACGGCAGACAAUUUCAAUAAAAAUGUUCUCAUAGAGCGUUUAUAGAGGUAAUAAUUUCCUCAGUAGACUGACGAUGUAGUGCAUAAUGGUGAACCUGCAUUGUGCGAGGUAUCUUCUUGUAUGAGACUUUGUACAAUGUAGUACAUGUAAUGUAAUGAACAUGCAUUAUCAUGAAAGCAUGACCCAUUAUUGUAAACACAAUUCCUUUCCAUAUAUCUAUAGUAUACGCAGUCAUAUUUUGAUGUAAAGGAAAACUCUUUUUAUCAGGCGAAUACUUAAACUUGGCGAAAUCUCCGUUCAGGAUACAAUCACGAUUGCUAUACUCUGAUAGACUUCGACCUACAUACAAGAACAUAUGUGUUAGUGAUAAACAAUAUCACCUACAUAUAAACAAUAGAUAUGAGGAAGGCUACUAGCAAAUCUUUAAUUACUAGUACAGUGCACACGAUGUGGAAUCUAUGGUAACGUUUUGUUGUCAUUCGAUAUUGAAUUUGUGUGUGUGGCUUCUUUCUUCCUUUUUAUAAAAAAGUACAUGGUA